GUUCCUUGCGUCAUUGUGUCAACAUGGCGCCUGUCUGCAGGACAAAAGGCGAAUCUGUCUGACGGCGGAUUGAAACCCAAUUAGAAACAGAGGAGACAUUUUGGGAAAACUGUCAGCGUCCUUGAGCCCCGGCGCCCCGAGGCUAUAGAUAUAUGGUUAAACAAACAUCUGCGGAGGCUCUUAGACUGGAAUAUUAAGGAUGUUCCAGCAGUGUGAGGAGCCUCGUUUCACCAUUGAGCAGAUCGACCUCCUCCAGAGGCUCCGGAGGACGGGCAUCACUCGGGCGGAGGUCUUCCACGCCCUGGACACCCUGGACCACCUGGAGCGGCAACAUGGACACAAGCUCACCCACAAAGCUCCCUACAUGCCUGCCUCGUCUUCCUUGUCCUCUUCCAGUGCCGUCGUGGCCUCUUCCUCCAUGACUUCCAUCGCCACCCAGACAAAUUUCCCCAACAGCCGACUCACACUGUCGCCCAGUACCAACUUCGACACAACCUCCCCGCCUCUACCCAUUCCAGUAGCCUCACCCGCAGUAGUCCAGAACGGCCUGGUGGCGGUCACCAAUGGGAAGCUGUCCCCGCCCCGGUUUCCUCUCGCUGUAGUCAGUGGCAGCGUGACGGCACCGGGAUACGGGUUUGAGACCAGUGAGGAGGACAUAGAUGUAGAUGACAAGGUGGAGGACUUGAUGAGGAGGGACAGUGCUGUGAUCAAAGAAGAGAUUAAGUCUUUCCUGGCCAACAGGCGGAUCUCCCAGGCCGUGGUCGCUCAGGUAACGGGGAUCAGUCAGAGCCGGAUCUCCCACUGGCUGCUGCAGCAGGGCUCGGACCUCAGCGAGCAGAAGAAACGAGCCUUCUUCCGUUGGUACCAGCUGGAGAAGAGCAACCCCGGUGCCACUCUUGCCAUGCGAGCCGCCCCAUUGGCUAUGGAGGAGGUGAUCGACUGGCAGCAAGCCCCGCCUCCUUUUGGCUCGGCUCCCGCGGGCUUCCGUCUGCGGCGGGGGAGCCGGUUCACCUGGAGGAAGGAGUGUCUGGCUGUGAUGGAGAGCUACUUCAUUGAUAAUCAGUACCCUGAUGAGGCGAAGAGAGAGGAGAUUGCCACCGCCUGCAACGCAGUCAUUCUGAAACCAGGAAAGAAGCUGUCUGAUUUGGAGAGGGUAACUUCUCUAAAGGUCUACAACUGGUUUGCCAAUCGGCGUAAAGACAUCAAGAGGCGCGCUAACAUUGAAGCAGCCAUCUUGGAGAGCCAUGGCAUCGAGGUCCAGAGUCCAGGCGGUCAGUCCAACAGCGACGAGGUGGACGGCAACGACUUCCCCGACCAGGGCUGCGAGGUGUCCUUAUUCGACAAGAGAGCUUCAGCCAGGCAGUUUGGAUUCAGUCGAGCUGACCUGUCCUCUCCAACCCAGGUCCCCACGCUGCUCCCCAGCUGGUUCUCCGCUCUGAACAGAGGAAGCUUGUCAGGACAGAGGGGUACGACUCUGAUUGGCCGCUCCUUAGUGUCAGCGGCUGGCCCUCAGGCGGAGGCGUCCAGAUUGACAGGCGUGUCCUGGUCCCCCCCCUCCUCCUCCCUGCAGGACGAGCCCACGCUGUCCGAGCCCCAGGACCCAAUCAGUUUGGAGAAGGCGUCUGUCAAUCACAGCAAUCAGGUGGAGGGGGCAGGCUGCAGCGGCGGGAUCGACAUCAAGACGGAAAUGCUGGAGGACGACUGAAACAGUCAGCGGACGUUUUAAUUGGUCGAAUGGAGAAGGAUCAGAGGUGUGUUAAUAUGCAAGCAGAUUUUAUAGGAAUGUAAUAAGUGGAAGAAAAAAAAAAGACCAAAAGUCGUGUAAACUCCAACCCUGAGAUACCUCCCAACCCUACCUCCAACCUCCAACCUGCUCUGCUACACUCUUAUAGGCAUUACUAGUAUAUUAUAAUAAUGACGAAACAUAACAAACUACUUUUAUUUUGCUCGCCAGCUAUGGAAGACAAAACAUGCCUAAAUAAGUCAAAUCAAACAGAGAAAGUGAAAUAGAUUAGGAAUGAUUUAAUUAUGUCUCAAAUAGUAAAUGCACAGUGUGUAUUGUUUUUCACCUUAUUUCUUUGCUGAUUUGUUUUAGGCAUUUUAAAUCUUCCGUAAAGACUGACUAACAGGAAGUGAUGCCAUUUCUUUGGAAAGGGCAUCACUGUAUUUGACGCAGUUCAAAUCAUUUCAGGGUCUUGCACUGUGAUCACAACACAACUGAACAGCCUCAAAAGAUAAAACACAAGUUAUUUUAACUGAUGUUGCGCUUUUCAUCCCAGUUAAUUAUGUUUCUUUGAUAUGGUUCGCUGUUGGCUCCUUCCAAUGAGUGAAUCAGCAGAAUAAGCUCAGUAUUGUGGAGCUCACAGCAGGUAGGGGAUAUUUCGGUGGGCUUAAGAUGAUUUUGGGUAACACUUUAUAUUAAGGUACACAA